UUGUACGUAUAUAUAAAGACAGAGACGACAUUGCUUCGAUCCCAUAUUUUAAUUGUGUAUUUGUACGGUAUUAAUUAACGUUAUUAAACAACCUUUCCGAAAAGAGUGACCGGCCUGUUUCCGGAUAUGACGUAUGACGCAUGACGUAUUACCCACAUGGCUUGGAAGCAGAGUGGAAGACAUGUGCAAGGGAAUCCAAACAAGUUUACGAACGUCGUCUUGUUGCUGAAGUUUAUGUCGCCAUGAACGAUUUUAGUCAAUUUCCACCUCCAUUUUUCAGCAGCCCAACCCAAGACUCUGUACUCCGACCUCCGGUGUUUAACUGGCAGCCUCGUCCCGGCAGUUUUAACUCUGGUAAUGGGAACUGGUUUCAGCCUCCAUCUGUUCCGUGGGUUAGAAACCCUCCAGUGAAUUGUUACAGAGCACCUACGCAUUGGAAGAGUGGCUUUGAUCCAAACCGUAAUGAUCGGCAUUUCAAUACGGGCUAUCAACGUCAUCUCCAGGAAAAUGCACACGUGGGGAGAAAUAAGAAAAAGAAAAAGGAACCAGUGUUUAUGCAUUUCUGUGACACCUGUGACAGAGGUUUUAAAAAUCAAGAGAAGUAUGAUGAACAUUUGGCACAGCAUGUUAAGUGUUCAGUGGAAGGCUGCAGUUUCACAGCUCAUGAGAAACUUGUCAGCAUUCACUGGAGAAAUAGCCACGCGCCUGGAACCAAGAAGAUCAAACUUGACACUGCAGAAGAAAUCGCAAAAUGGAGAGAGGAGAGAAGAAGGAACUAUCCCACUGUAUCCAAUGUGGAAAGGAAGAGAAGGAUACUGGAGGAUCGAGAAGAAAGGGGAGAGGUUCUGGAAACGGCGCAGUUUGGGCGAAUGAGAGGAAGGGGUCGCGGCUUCCAUCAGCGAGGCAGGAGGUUCCAAAACAACCAGAGAAGGGCAUGGUCAAGGCCGGGGAUGCCUGGCCAUAUGAUGGGAAUGACCACAGCCCCACCCCUUAAACGUAGCCCCAAAGACGGAGAUCCACUUGGAGCCAUUGUUAACAGUGACCAAGAGUCUGACAAGGACGAAACAGCCGACGCUGGAAAAGACGGCCUGACUGUGACCCCGAAGCACAUGACCUCCGGUCUAGGUGCCCUCGUGGCCAACUAUGACUCCACCUCUGAGAGUGACCAGGAGCCAGAGGCUCUGCCUAUACUGAAGGUCAGCAAGGUGCUUGAGGAGAACCGGGUCAUGCUGAAGACCGUGCCUGAGAGUGUCAAGGGUCAGCCACCUCCCCGGGGGUCAAGGGCUCCCGCAGCUACUAGUGCACCGUGGGCCGGCACUGCCCCUAAUAGGCCAGGAAGAGGGGGGCGUCCUUUCCGAGGCCCGAAUGCACCACAGCAGCGCCGCCCUACACUACUGGAGAUGCUGCUGGCCCCGGAGAUACGCCGCGAGAGGAAUGUCCUCCUGCAGUGCGUCCGCUUUGUCGUCCAGAACGCUUUCUUCGGGCUGGACGACAAAGCUGAGGAGAGCACUGCAGUGGACAGUGGUUCGGUCACCAAGCUCGAAGGAAAGCGCCGACCGUGGACUGAAACUGGAGAAGCCACAUCUGCUAGAAAUCACCAGUAUGGGCUUGACCUUUCUGAGCAGAAUGUUGGGGUUGGUAGAAGCCAGCAUGCCUCAGAACCUCCCAGCCUAGAUGGGUCCACCCAAGACCGUGGGCAGGACUCCGGCAAACCUGGAUCGUUAACCGAGAAAACGUCAGCAUCUCUAGGCCACUGUACAACAGGAAGUGACCAAAACAGUCAGCUGCCUGUAGAAGCUGAGGAGCAAACGGGGAAUAUGUUACCUGAGGAGCAGGAGGUGGAUGGAGAUGUGCGUCACUCUGAGGACAGACAGCGCAGUGGGAAUACUCAGCAUGGAGGUCUUGGCUCACCAGGGGACGAUUCCGGUACGCGUGAAGAGCAGAAUGCCCAACCAGCUAUUCCUGUGGUGGAUGAGGACGUUUGGGAAAUCUCUGAAGCGUAUACUCAGAACAUCUGAAAGUAAAUCUCCAUGAAUCAAUACCCUUUUGUGUAUGCAUGAAUAAAUUCUGACAACUUAAAAUCUAAGCCCAAUUUUUGAAUAUUAAUGUCGGCAAAUUAUUACGAAAGUCCAGUUAAAGUUCUUUUCUAGCUUUUACGAGCCAUUAAUUGUCAAUCAAGAAGACUGGUUACCCCACCAAAUAAUGCAAGUGAUGUAAGCCUGGUUAGUAAAUAAGUCCUGACUUUGACUUCCAUUCAUUUGUAGCUCUGCUGGGUGUGUUGCUGGACUUCAGCUGGGCCUGUGCACUGAGCGCUUCCUCGUUGCCUGCCUUUUCCUCUAAGGGCACGUGCCGUCAGUCUCUGCAGUCUGAGACGUACGAUGGCUCUAUAAAACUGCCUCAAACCAAGUAUUUUGUGUUCGGUUUAUUUCUUUUUAAUAUGUGUAUGUUUGCAUAAAUUGAGUGGUUAUUCAGGCUGACCAUUUAUUAAAAACAUGUAGUUCUGUCAUGUUUUUUGUUUUAUGACACAACAUGUAUGACAAAAAGCCUUCGUUUUGGUUCAUGUCAGCAAGUAAUAAAGUUAUUUUGCCUCUGAA